AAUGAAAAGGAUGUAAAGCAAAGAAGAUAUAAUCAAAGAUUAAUAUAUGAAAACUCUUACUUGCUUCUUACAAGAUAGUACUCUUUAUGAUAGCUUAUCCAUUAAUAAUUAAGUGACUGUAAUUGAUUAAUCAUUCUCUUUGUUUGAUGUUUUUAAUGUGUUUAUUGAUACGCAUAUUGAUGAAGUAUUGUUUUGGAAUCCAGAUGUAGCUUAUUAUGAUGGAGUAUUCACUUAAACAGAUUUGAUACGAAUAAUCCUUAAAUGCUAUCAAAAUAUUCUGAAUGGUGUUCCUAAUGGUAAUCUAUUUUGUAUAUUUUAGUCAGUGUGGGGAAAUAGUAAAAUAUAGGUUCAGCCAAUUAUGGAAGAGGAAGAUGAAGAUCGUAAUACUCCUGUGAAUGAAAAACAAUUAAUAGGGUAGGAACAGAUAAACAAAUUGCUAAUUGAUUUAAAGACAAUCUCAGUAAGAGACUGGUUCAAUUCUUAUGGAGAAAGUCUUCAUCAAAGUAGUCUAGUUUAAGCAGAUAUGGCUGAUAAUCUAAAUGAUGCAAUGAAGAAGAUAUUAAAGUAGGGUGUAACAAGAAUUGUAGUUAUUGAUACUGAAUCUAGAAUUAUUGUGGGCAUCUUAUAAUAAAAGGAUAUAUUAGCAUUUCUUGUAAAAGGGUUUAGUUAAUAUUUCCAUUUAUAAUUAUCAUAAAAAUCACAUAGAAUUGAAGUUCAUCAUGAAAAUAAUCAAUAAUCAGAAUAGCAUGAACUAGAAAUCAAUUACUUUAGUGAUAGAAUUUUAUAAUUGAAUGAUAAACUUCCUUUUGAUACUAAUGUAUAUGAGUAAUUAUAUCUUUAUAUUUAUUAGUGUAUUCUAUAAAUUGAUCUAUGUAUUUAAACGUAAUGCUAUUCCCAUUGUUGAUAAUAAUAAUAAGUAUUUAGGAUUGAUAGAUAGAAGAGACUUUUUAUUUAUUCUCAAAUAUUAAGUAUAUGAUAUGGUAUAAUUUAAUAAUAUGAAUAGUUGAAUAGACCUGCUGUAGAUUUAUUGAACUUUAUUAAAAUUGAGAAAAAAAAGUUUGCAGGUUUUUGUAUAUGCAAUAAAGAACUAUUCCACAUGAAACAAACAUUAAAAGAAGUAUUAAUACAUUAUAAUUAGGUUGUUGAAAAUCUAUUACUCUCUUCUAGAGGUAGUUUAGUUUGCUUGAAUGAAAAUUAAGAACCAAUUGCUACAUUAUAAAUGUCUGAUCUCUUCAAAAUUUGUUUAGAUGAUAUCGAAUUAGAAUGAAUUUAUAUUAUAAUAAAUAUGUGUAUAUAUUUAAAUGAAUAAUUAUAGAUUUUCAUAAUCAGCCACUAUUCCUGUGUACAACACUAUAACUAAAGAGCAAGAAUAAAUCAAAAUUACACCUAAUUUUAAGUAGUUCUUGAACACUUUGAAUGAAAAAUUUCAAUUACCUUAAAAAUUUACAAUGUGUUAUUGUUUAAAUAUUAAAGAUAGAGUCAUCUAUUUAGCUUGUCCAAUAGAUUAUAACUUAUUUAUAGAAAGAUUACAGAACCUUAAAAAUAUGUAUAUUUAAUCUUAUCCAUAAAUAUUAGUAACUUCCCUAUUCUUUAAAUCAUUCAAUUAAAACAAGAAUAAUUUGUAUCUAAAGAAAUGAUUCAGGAUGUUGAAGAAUGGCAAGAUAGAUUAUCUGAAGGUUAUUCCUAAAUAUACUCUUAGUAGUAAGAAGUCCAACAGUUGGAUGAAC